UUUAAUAAAUAAUUAAUCUGUUUUAUACAUAUUAUUUAGUAAAUCGUAUAUAAAUCAUAUAUUUUUCAGAAAGCUACUCCGAAAGUUACUCAAGUUGGAAAUCAUAUGAUUUGAAUAAAAGUGACAAUGAAGCAUACACAAAUGGUAAAAAAUGUUAUGCAAAAGGUUUACAUAGUGUGUACGAAUCAAGUAAGCUAUGCGUAUUUGCAAGAAUCAUUUUAGGACUAAAAGUUGAUCAUGUUAAUUAGUUUUAUUAUUUUAUUAUUAUAUAAAUAUUAUUGCUAUUCUUAAAUAAUAUCCAUAAAAUUAACCGAAAUUCCAAGUUUUUGCAAUGGAGCUAACUUGCUUGAUUUUUGACGUAAUUAUGAUAUUUCUGCAUAUCGGUGCAUUCAAGAUACCAUCUCUCAGUCUGGUUUCAAUCGCACAUUCAAACAAUGCGAUUCGAAGCAUGUCAGUCGCAGAAACGACGAAUAUUAACUUGCAUUCCGAUUUCGCGUUAUAGGUAGGGGCGAUCCGCCGCUACCAGACACGAGCGUACAAAUGGGGAAAAUCGUGAACGCGCACACACACGAAGCUAAGAAGCACGGAUCGGUGUUGGCAAUCUCUGUCGAGAAAAUGCAAAUUCAUGUGAAAUUGCUUGAAGACAGCAACGCGGCACUGCACCUCAGAAAUCAGGAUCUCAUCGCGGAAAAUAAGAGCUUGGCAAGGCGGCUCGAAGAGGAUGCAAUUAAAAUCGAGAAGUUGCGAGAGGAAUCAUCGUUGUUACAAGAUGAGUUUAGGAAUGAGAGAGUCAAGUUGGCGGACGCAUUAGUUAAGCAAACGUUUCAGGAAAACGAUAACGUCUGCCUGGAAGAGAAGUGCACUUCGACGGAUAUCGUUUCCAAGGUCGAUCGGGAAUUACAAAUUUGGGAGGCUUGCAAAAAUUGCGAAGAAGAAUUAGAAGGUUGCCAAGGGGAACUUACGGUCACUAUUACAAAAUCGGAACUCGAGGUGCUCGAGAGAGACAUGCGAACGUUGAGGGAUGCUAUAAUCGCUCGAGAGGAAGCGUGGGAUAAAGCGAUGGAACGCGAGAGGAAUUGCCAGCAGCAUUUAGCACGGCUGACCGCAGAGACGAUUACCGCACGUCACCUUUGCGAAGCUCGUCAGGAUGAACUUUGCGCGGUUACGGAAGCUCUUACGGAGAAGGAAUCUGAGUUGAGAGCGACGCAAAAGGAAGUCCUGUAUUUGAGCAAAUUAGUUAGCAAAUUACAUGGAUAUCAAAAGUGAGUUUUGUUUAAUUAUCCUUCUCCUUUCGCUGACAAUAAUAACUAGCCACGCCAUUUUAAAUUGCAAAAGGAAGCACCGAUUUUCAUCAGAAUCCUUUAACGAUCCGCACGCUCGCACGUUCGAUGCUUGCAAUUUGUGGCAUCAGAAAUUACCGUAAUCGCAAAGCGGUCAAAGCGUAUUCUCGAUAAAUUCACAUUAUCAACUACGAUUAAUCAAUAAUGCACAAUUGCAUACCUUUUGUGGCAAAAGAUGCGGCGUUCUCGCGAACAUGGCGGGCGCUGAGAAUCUUUACAACAAUGACUAGAGAUCACUUACUUCGAUUAACUCUCCGG